CUGAUUCAGAAUCUGAAUCUGAACCAAGUGAUGAGAGCGAAGAAUCAUCACCUGCAGAGAAGGAGAAGAAAAAGAAAAAAACAAAAACAACACCAAAAAAAACACAACCAAAAAAGAAAAAAGUUGUUGUGGAGGAUUCACCUCCUAAAGAAGAUCAAUACUUUGACGGUGAGACAUAUGAAAUAUCAAGUGACGAACUAGAUGAAUGGCUAAGGGAAAAUGUUGAUAAAUCUGCUGCAGAGGGGGAGAACCAACCUGACCUGCGAUCGACAGAAGGUCGCUAUGUGUCAUCUGAAACAAUACCGGCUGUGAACUUGGGAAGUGAUGGUCCUUCCUCUCAAGGGCGCACAGAACAGAGUAGUGUAAACCAGCCGUCACAGAGCAUGUUGAGUCCGGCUGAUUUGAAUAUGAUGGUUGUGAGGGAACAGACACCGCCGGGUGCACUUGCAGUAGUCCCGAAUCAGGUUUUUGUGCUGGCAUCCCAAACAACCACUGAGACAGAUUUUGAACCAACCCCUAUGCUACAGAUUGAAGGGACUACAGAAACCACUCCUGAAACCCCCAAACAACUUCAAGAGACCACAUCCACGCUUCCCCCAGCUCCAACUAAAAUUCAUCCAGACGCAGAAGACGCUGCUGCCCUGUUGAUGAUGGCACGGACAGCAUCCUAUGUUCCUAAAAUAGAUCCAGGGGUGCCAUCAUUCAGCCUUGGAUUGACUUAUUCAAGCCAGGAGGGGGCGUCAACGCAGGAGACAAAAAGGGCAAAAUCUCCAGAAUCUGCAAAUUUGAUAGAACAAUUGGACGAUUUGGUCCAAAAAAUAGCAAGCAGUGCGGCGAAGGGAAAAAACAAAAGUCCACAAAUUCAGAGGGAGACUGGGGGAGAAAGUUUUGCAAAGUUUCAAACUCCUGGGGGAUUAUAUCAGAUUACGGAUGAUAUGAAACAAAAGUGCUACAUGUGGGGGACGAGACUGAAGGAAGAUGCAGAUGGCAAUACUAACGAGUAUGAGGAGAUGUGCACUCUGAUUGGCCAAGGAGAAUACAUUUUGAUGAGAAUGCACCUUGUAUCCCUCCAGGCAAAAAGUGAUAUAGAAUCUCAGGCAAUAUUAGAAAUUUGUUAG